CACCUCAAAAUCCGUCAAGAUUUUCUAUUUAUGAACCAAAAGGAAAGAUAUCUUCUCCUCCAAUCCAAAGCAGAUACCUUUUCUCGAAGCAACCUCACUAAAACGUGAUCAAUGAAAGCCGCCGUUUUCCGCAACGAAGCCGGAGACGACGAGGAGGAGGAAGAAGAAGAAUCAGUCUGCAAUGUCUUCGACGGCGAUGUAGAAACGACGCCGUCCCACGACACGAAAAACAACCUCAAGGGCUUCUUCACUUCCUUGCUCUUGAUGGAGGAGCACGAGAAGCAGGACCAGGAAGCUCGCAGCGCCGCUUCCCGCCGCGAAUUGUCCGAACUCCAGUCUAAUUACCGGAAAAGAGCAAGAACCAUGUCGGAAUACUACUCCGAUCUCAACGCUCACUACGAGGAAAACGGAGACAUCAAAACAAAAAAGCCACGCGCCUCACGCGCUUCACGCGCCGUCGCUUGUGUCUCUGCCGCUGCGACAGAGUGUUCUGAGAUGGAGAGCAGCGAGAUAACCGGAUCCGGUUCAAUCGGUACGGGUCAGCAGAGGCGGUUAUGGGUUAAGGACCGAAGCAGAGCGUGGUGGGAAGAGUGUAACCGUUCAGACUACCCGGAAGAAGACUUCAAAAAAGCGUUUAGAAUGUCCAAAUCCACGUUUGAGCUAAUCUGCGAUGAGCUGAACGCAGCGGUCGCGAAAGAAGACACCGCGUUACGAAACGCGAUUCCCGUGCGGCAGCGAGUCGCGGUUUGCAUAUGGAGGUUAGCCACGGGGGAGCCUCUCCGUCUAGUCUCCAAGAAGUUCGGUUUAGGAAUCUCGACUUGUCACAAGCUUGUUCUCGAGGUAUGUAAAGCGAUUAAAGAUGUUUUGAUGCCUAAGUAUCUUCAGUGGCCUGAUGAUGAGUCUUUGAGAAGCAUUAGAGAGACGUACGAGGCGAUGUCUGGUAUACCAAACGUUGUUGGGUCUAUGUAUACUACUCAUGUUCCGAUCAUAGCUCCUAAGAUUAGUGUAGCUGCUUAUUUUAAUAAGAGACAUACUGAGAGGAACCAGAAGACUUCUUACUCGAUCACAAUCCAAGCCGUUGUGAACCCGAGGGGUGUUUUUACUGACUUGUGUAUCGGAUGGCCCGGGUCGAUGUCUGAUGAUAAGGUGUUGGAGAAGUCGUUGUUGUAUCAAAGAGCUAACAACGGAGGUCUUUUGAAAGGGUUAUGGGUCGUUGGUGGGGCGGGCCAUCCGUUGUUGGACUGGGUGUUGGUUCCGUACACGCAGCAGAACUUGACGUGGACGCAGCACGCGUUUAACGAGAAGAUGAGUGAGGUGCAGAGAGUGGCUAAGGAAGCGUUUGGGAGGUUGAAAGGAAGGUGGGCGUGUCUGCAGAAGCGGACUGAAGUGAAGCUUCAGGAUUUGCCUACGGUUUUGGGAGCGUGCUGUGUGCUUCAUAACAUAUGUGAGAUGAGAGGGGAGAAGAUGGAGAGGGAGCUGAUGGUUGAAGUGGUUGAUGAUGAGGUUUUGCCUGAGAAUGCGUUGAGAUCGGUUAGUGCAAUGAAGGCAAGAGAUGCUAUAUCGCAUAAUCUAUUGCACCAUGGACUCGCUGGUACUUCUUUCUUAUGAAGAGGAUUGUGGAAAUGUUCUUUUGGUGUCUCCUCGUAUAAGAUAUAAGACUAAACUCACUUUGAUUCUUUUGUUUAUGCAUAUUGUGUUGUACUUUUAGAUCGCUGAUUCUAUAUGAAGCAGGUAGAAGAUACAAAAUAUACAUACUAUAUAAGCAAGAAUGUGUAAUAGCUGAAUGAGAUAUCACAAAGGUAAUGUGGAAUGUGACAUGAACCACCACAUGUUUUUUGCCUUUUGUGUUGUGGUGA